UGCAAAGCUAGGUUCAGUCGACGCUAUAAUCUCACCACCCAUGUCAAGACCCAUGACAAACAGCGAAUCAAGGAACAUGGAUGCACCUUCUGUGACAAAGCAUUCGAUCGCAAACACGACAGAGAUAGACAUGUCGCCACUGUCCAUCACAACAAACGUACAUUCACUUGCAAGAUUUGCCCCACAAGCUUCACAAGAAGAGAUGCCCUCUCACGGCAC